AUGUCUGUGAACAGGGCCACUAUUAUCUUGGCGUUUUGGUACAGCAUGCUCGCUGCUGAAAACAGAGAAAUCGGAAAUUUCUACUCGACGCUGCGGUUUGACUCGAAGCCGAUGCGUUUAAGGGGGGGGAUAAUUCAGGAAGACCUGCUGCUAUCUGCGGAACUGGAAGAGCUGUGCCAAAUCUUGGAAGGGAACGAAACGACUCCAGCCACCUUGGCAGAAACUCAGAGAGAGAUCGCAAAAAUCGCGGACGAUAUGAGGAUAGACAUGGAAAAGUUCAGCAGCCGCAUUGAGAACAUGACCCGAAGAGAGGAGCAGUGGAAGGGAAGAAAAGAUGACAAGAGCGAGACGGAUUUAGGGGAGACGACCGAGGUUGAGUCUAGGAAUGUCAGCGAUUACUUUGAAGAGAUCAAGCCUGAUCCCGACAAUCCGAAAAAUCCUCUCCUGUGCGCAACGAUGUUGAGGCAGGGCCAGCCUUGCUUUGAUGCAAGUGGACUGUUUUCGGACAGCGAUGAGCCUAGGAAAGAUACGGUGGCAAAGUUAGCUGGUUGGGAUACGGAGGUAGCGAAUCUCACUUUCAAGAUCCACGGGAAGGAUGUCAGCCGUAGAGAGUACAAGGCGUACCGGAGGUCGCUGAGGGCGAAGGGCCUGCUGACAAGAGAGGAAAGCAGCUCCUGGUCCACUAGCAGCAUGAUAUAUGGGAUAGACCAGUGGGAGGAGGACAUCAACAAGAUCCGGCGAAACGAGGAGCAGGCACGUGCCCUCAUGGCUGUCUCCUUGUCCCUUCAAGGUCGCCCAUGGUGGAACCUGUCCUUCUCGGAGUCCUCAAGCUCCUUGUCACGUGUGAAAGAGAAAACGGCGCUGGUUGAUCCGGCCAGCGAGUCAAGUGAAGAUGACAGCAUCAGCGACUUGUUUCCCAACAUGACGGCAGGGGAUUGGAAUGCCACGAUCAACUCCUCUCUUCAAGAGAAGCAGUGGAACAAAGUUCUCAACCUUCACACCAAGAUGCCAUCGAUCCAAAGGUUCCUUCGUCGUUCGGAAGAGGAAAGCUACCGAGAUCAUGGGUGGUACCGCGAGGACGACGGUGAUGAUGACAUAUUCAUCGCAAGGGGAGACGCAGUGUCCAGCAGCUCGAGCGACAGGAGAGUCCAGGAGGAGGUGCAGUCUCUGCUGAAUAUCUCCAACAAGGAAGCGGCCGAGGUUGCAGACGACAGGACGUACAUCUCCAUGAGCUCGGAGCCCAACGACGGCCUCUUGGAGAGGGCAGUAGACACACACUCGACCAGAGUCCUGGCAGCAGAUGUCGAGGAACGCGAUCUUGACGAGCCGAUGUUAUCCUGCCUCUUGCAUUUUGGCGUCCGUGUGAUGUCGGACUCGUCCUCGUCAUACUCCACUUCUGCUCCAGGGGAAUAUUCCUCGAGCUCAAUACGGCAGAGCGACAGGCAGUUUGUCUACUCAGACUUCAGCCACCUGAGCUCUGAAACGCGACGGGACCUGACGGCGUGGAAGGACAACUUGAGGCAGGAGUCGCGUCUGUUCCGAGACCGGCGCAACCGCGUCGAUAUCAAGAACGAGAUGUGGGCUCAAGAUGCGAGAAUGGAGAUCAUCCUCAAGGACUAUCCCAACUGCACGGUCGAGGAGUACAGGGAGGUGAACGUCGACGGUCUUGCCAAGUCGCCCUCUUGUCACCUCUGCUUUCUACAGAUCAAGGAGGGCCUCGCCCAGCUCAAGUCGGAUGCCGUCCUGUGCUGUCCCGCAUGCUUCACCAUGUUCGCUCUCGACACCAAGAGGGACAUGAACAGAUGCGAGUUCUACGUUGCUAUGUUCGUCAUCAACUGCAAGGUGGACGAGGAAGUGUCUAAGAUGGAAGAACUCCUGGAAGAUGGGUUCGAAAUCGACGAGUACCGACCUCUAUGGAAGGGCGAACGGGUAAAGGCCAUCCUCUUCACGAGGAAGAAGGAGACUCCCGGGCUGUGGAUCAGACUGGCGGAGGCGCUGGGGGAGGAAGUCGCGUUCGGGGAGGUGAAGGAUGAUGAAGCCUCGCUGCUCUCCCGCUUUCACAUCGACGAGAACUCGCUCCCUCAGAUCGUCGUGGUGUGCCCGAAGCAGCCUGAGAAGGAGACGGUCGUGACCUACGAGGGCCCGUCAGACUUCGAGCACAUCCUCGAGUUCCUGUCCACUUCCGUGCAUGGAGGCAAGAGAGCGCUGGAGUUGAGGAGGAGAGUCGAUGCGCAGGGGGCCGAGAUCGGAUCGCUGAGGGCUGAGCUGCAGGAGGCGAGGGAGGCGCUCAAGGCUGCGCAGGCGGAGGUUGCCCGGUUGAGGGUUGCCCAGAUGGGUCAGAUAGAAGCAGCGAAGAAGCAGCUGGAGGCGGAGCUGGAGGAGUCGAGGGUACGGGAGGACAAGCUGGUGCACGAACUGCAGGAGGCGAAGAAGAAGCUCGAGAGCGAGGGAGGGGAGCUGAGACGGGAGCGGGAGAGCCUCGUGCUGCAGAUCAAGAACCUGGAGCAGAUCCAAGCGGCUGUUGUGCUCCUCCUCAACAGCGAGAACAUCGACGAUUUCUUCAGCUCCAAGUUCCGUCCUCUCAAAGCCAUCCUCUUCACGACCAAGUCGGAGAUCCCCCCUCUCUGGAAGCAGCUGGCGGAGGCCCAGCAGCAGACCACCUCCUUCGGCGUCGUUAAGCACGUGGAGACAGAGCUGAUGUCCUCCUUUCGGCUGCAGGAGCAGGACCUCCCUCGAAUCUGCGUGUACAGGGAGGGGAGGGAGAGGGGAGUGAUCUACGACGGGGAAGUGAAGCUCGAGGCUCUGAUCAGCUUCCUGCAGGACGCGUUCGAGGGAGGGGACACCAUGAUCGCCAUGCGGCAGGAAGUGCAUGCGGCCACGAGGAGGAUCGAGGAGUUGACGGCGGAGCUGAAGGAGGCUCGAAGGAGCUUGGAGGAGGCAGCAGCCAACGAAAAGGAGUGCGCGAGCUGCGAGGGGCUGCGAGCUCUGAUGACUGAGGCUCGGUCGAGGGCGGAGGCCUUGCGGAAGCUGCUGGAAGGAGAAGAGAAGUCACCCUAG